AUGGCACUCAUUAAUGAAAGUCAACCUGAAGAAUUCAUUCUACUAGGCUUUAAUGAGCUACCUUGGCUAGAGCUUCCUCUAUUCAUUAUUCUUCUGAUAACAUACCCCAUGACCCUGAUGGGAAACAUUGCCAUCAUUCUGGUGUCCAAGUUAGAUCCCAGUCUCCACAGUCCCAUGUAUUUCUUCCUCACCAACCUCUCCUUUUUGGACAUAUGCUACACCACAAGCAUUGUGCCUCAGAUGCUCUUUAACCUGGGAAGCUCUAAGAAGACCAUCAGCUAUGUGGGGUGUGUAAUUCAGCUUUAUUUCUUCCACAUUAUGGGAGCUGCAGAAUGUCUUCUCUUGGCUCUCAUGUCUUUUGAUCGCUAUGUGGCCAUAUGCAGACCUCUGCACUACACCCUCAUAAUGAAUCAGCGCGUCUGUAUCCAGUUAAUCUCCAUUGUAUGGCUGAGCGGAAUUACUUAUGCUAUCUCAGAGGGCACUGUUACACUCCAAUUGCCACUGUGUGGCGUCAACAAACUGGAUCACUUAGUGUGUGAGAUUCCAGUUCUUAUAAAGACUGCCUGUGGUGAAAAGGAAGCUAAUGAGCUAGCACUCUCUGUGGCAUGCAUUUUUAUAGUAGCUGUUCCUCUAUGCCUAAUUCUUGCCUCCUAUGCUAGCAUUGGACAUGCUGUACUUAACAUUAAAUCUUCUGCAGGAAGGAAAAAGGCCUUUGGGACAUGUUCCUCUCAUCUCAUUGUGGUUUUAUUAUUUUAUGGCCCAGCUAUUAGUAUGUACCUUCAGCCCCCUUCUUCCAUUAAAAGGGACCAGCCCAAGUUCAUGGCCCUCUUCUAUGGAGUGGUGACUCCUACAGCCAACCCCUUCAUCUACACCCUGAGGAAUAAGGAUGUAAAGGGGGCAUUAGGCAAUCUGGUGAGGAGCAUUUUCAGUUCCAAACAAAAAAAUUGUAGGCAGAAAAUGUAA